AUGUCGGCCCUUGACAAGGCUAGGUCGAUUGUUCAUGGAAAAGAGUCCAUGAGAGUCAAUUCCAGAUUGGCAAAUGAUGAUGGUUCAUCUGCAUCAGACGAGUCGUCAGAAGCUGUCAACGAGGACCCUUUUGGGUUUCAGCGCCACAAGAUGAAGAUGAAACCGUUGCGGAAAUCACCCUCCUCCACACCGGCACCGCUUCCACCUCCCAUGGCUUCCACUGCCAUUAGUUGGGACGACAACACAAAUGAUCAACUACUCCAUGAACGUUCAUCUGUGCGGCCUCCGAAGUACAGUAAUGCUUCUCUCCAGGUACGAGCAUCCAGAGCUGCAGCAGCUGCCAACGCCGUCGUAGGAGGACCUCCUUCUCCAGAGCGCAGGCGGAGGACUACCUCAUCAGGUGCCCCCAAACCCAGAGACAUGAAUGGCCAUCGACGGAAAAGCCGAUUGGAGCCUCCGGGAGGAUCUUAUGACGAAGAUAAUGUCCGUCCAAAAAUCUCCACGUCCAAUCCAGAAGUCAAUACUUUUUUCGUGGGAGCAACGUCUCCUCACACCGCCAUCUCCCAAUUGACAACUAGCCCAGAGCAGGAACACAACAAUCGACACACCCAGCAAAGUGGUACUCUAGCAGCUCCGAUCCGACUGGGCGAUUUUCCAUUAGUAGCCACCAAUUCACAUCCUCCUCCAUCUCAGCAAAGUCAGCUUAAUUUCGGAGGCAGUCACCGGAAUAGUCACGAUGGCGGCUCGGCGCCUCCUGGAAAGACGGAAUACUUGUGGAAAAGCCAGCAACAGCAGCAGAAACACCAACAGCAACAGCAUGAGUUGUUUCAAAAGCAACAAUUGGCAAAUCGGCUCAUAGCGCUGGAGCAAAAGUAUUCACAAGAAUCUUCUGAAUGGCAAGAGGAAAAGAUUCUAUUGGAGCGACGGUUGCGGGAAUCCGAAGCCUCCAAGGCAAAGCUAGAGACGCAGUGGGUGUCCUGGCAACAAGAACGCCUCGAAUGGGAAGCUCAGUUUGAAAAGGAACAAGAGGAGCACUACGAACAACAAUGGGAACGGGCAUACGAAAAGAUGCAAGCCAAACUGAGCCAAGGGGAAAAAGAGCGACAACGACAGCUACAAACGGAUGCGAGACAGCUAGAAGAGGCAAUUCAACAACUGCAUGUAGAAGAAAACACCAUGAAACAGCAGAAAAAGGAAUUGGAAGACCGUGCUCUAACACUGCGGCAAAAUGAAGAGGAAUACGAGCGGCAAAAACGAGAUUACGAAAACUGGCAUGCCAGCCUGGAGGCAAAGCAGGCGCUCGUGGAGCAAGUAUGCAAUGAAACUACACAACAGCGUCAACAUCAAGAGCAUCUCUUGGAGAAGACCAAAGCUGAGCUUAAGCGGUUCGAGGCCGAAGCAAAGCGGCUAAAAGAUGAAGCCGACGCUGCCAAGCGAGCGCUAGAGGAUUGCAAAACGGAGCUUCACCAACUGCAACAACGCACGGAAAAGGCUCAUUCAAAGAAGCGGCAAGCUUGGCAAUCCGAAUGGGCGACGCUACAGGAUGAAUUGAAAAUAGCCAGGACGCGAAAGGAUCAGUUGUCGCAAGCUUGUGACGAGUUGGAAGAAGAGUGGAUAUCCGCUCAGAAAGCUAAGGAAGACGAAUGGAAUCAAGAAAUCCAACGGCGACAACAGGAAUGGAACGUUCAGCUUGAACGACAACAAGCGGCCUUGGAGGAGAGGGAACGACAAAUCGAGGAACAACAUUCGCGUUGUCUGGAGGAGUUUGCUUCGUUUGGCGAAAAAUGGAACGCAAAGCAUGCAGCAAUUGGCACAGACUUCAACGAAAAGCACAGCUUUUUGGAGCAAUUGCAACGAAAGCUCCAAUCGCUUCUCCAAAAAUACAAGCAAGACAAGAUGAAGCUGACACAAGAUCAAGCGGAAUUGGCGGCAAACCGUGCUCAUGUGGAUUACAUGUACAAGCAUAUGGAUGCCACACGGCAAGGCCACUACGAAGCGCUGCAUGAACGCAACACAGAAGUUACCCGCCUGCAAAUGCUUUUGCACAGUGCUCAACUAGAGACGACGACAAUCAAAUCAGAAAAGAACGGUUUGGAGGCAUCUCAAGAAAAGUUGCGUCGUGAGGUCGAGGAGCUGAAGCAACAACUGGAAGAACAGCGAAACUUGCAUGCCUCUGUUUGCCGAGAACGCGAUCGAUGGCAACAACAGUUCCAGGAAAUUUCGGAUGAUCAAGAGCAACUGUUGGAACGCCUUUCCAAACAAGCAGCCGACACUACGUUGCAGCAAGCCCAUGACAAAAUGUUGCAUGAACGCUCGAAACUUAUCGACACGAUUCAGGAACAGCAGACGCAGUUUUCUUUUCAAGUCGACGCCUUCGAAUCCGAGAAGCAUAAAUUCAUGCGUGAAAAGGAACAGCUAUUACGUGAGCGCGACUCAGUUGCUGAAGAGCUGAAUAGUCAGAAUCACAAGCGGAGGAAUCAGUCCAAGUUGCAACUCCAUCACUCGAUGAGCAUACCUGCCAGUCCCAGCUCGGUAACAUCGGGCCGACUGCAGGAUGCCUUUGAUCGCUUACUACAAGAACGCGAUAGCCUGAAAGAGAAGCUGUGGGAAGUCCAAAAGGACCUGCAGCUUGAAAUCGACACACUGCAACAAGAAAAGAAGGCACUUGAGGAAAUGCAAGAGGAGAUGGUACAGAAGCACCGAUCCCUUGGCGAGGAGGUCAAGCAACAUGAGGAAAACCUCAUGGCGCAGUUCCAGCAAGAGAAGAGUUCCGCGCAGAAGGCCUGGAGAGCAGAGAGGAACGUUGUUGAAACCCAGCUGGAUGCAACGAAGCGGGAGCAUGCUCAGUUGCAGCAAGCACAUUCAGAGCUGCAGAGAAAGGCCGAAGCAAUGGGCCGUGAACACAUGCAGCUAAGGGCAGCCCACGAGCCGUUGCAAAAGGAAGCAGAAUCCGUUAAACGGGACUACGGCGCUUUGCAGCAAAAUCAUGAGCAACUGCUCAAAAAGACCGAAACCAUGACACAUGAGCACGGCGCGUUGCAGCAAAUUCAUGAUCAAUUGCUGAAGAAAGCAGAAGAAAUGAGACGCGACCACACGGUGUUGCAGAAAGCCCACGAGGAGCUGCAAAUGAAAGCAGAAGGGUUGAAACAUGACUAUUCUUCGUUGCACCAAGCCCAUGAGCAGCUGCAAAAGAACGCCAGUGGUGAGGUUGCGCAGGCUCAGCAACACUUCAAGCAAGUUCAGGCUCAGCUUGAAGAGAGGCACACGGAAUACAGAAACAUGAUCAAUGCCCUUCAGCAGAAGAUUGAUGCGUCGGAAAAGGAAAAGACGAGCAUUUCAGAGCAUAUGCAACUCUUGCGAAGCGAAUUUAGUGCUCGCGAGAAGGAGCUACAAGAUCAACUCAAGACGAACGACGCCUCCUUGCAAGAUCAAGUUAAUGAGCUCCGCCAGGAGCGCGACCUUCUUGAAAAAGCUCUACAAGAGCAAGAAGCCCAAAAGAGACAGCAAGAACACUUACUGGAAGAAGAGAUAAAGACUCUAUCGUCCGAGCGGGACGUAUUGACGACUCGCUUAGACGAAUUGAAGCAACAAGCUAAGAUGCACGACGAAGACCAUUCUCGAUACACCCUGCUGUCCGAGGAGCACUUGAAUCUGCAAGAUAAACUGCGACAAGUAACCAUCGAGCGCGAUGGGUGGAAACGGAGACUUGAUGAUCUAAAGGAGGAGCUUGCCAAUCUCACGACAAAACAAAAACGUCACGACAAGCUCGUUCAAGAUUACAGAAAGCUCAUGGCGCAGUUCGAGACGGCUUCGUCGGAGCGAAAUUCCCUUGCUCAGCAAACCAACGACUUGCAGCAAACACUGGCCAAGCACGAACAGACUCACGAGCGAUACGAAAGGCUGUUGCGAGAGUAUGAAGAGUUGGAGUCGGACAAGGCGAACUUGAUGCAGGAGCAGCAACAAACGAAAGAAUCGAUCUCCUUCAAAAUGGAAGCACUGGAAAUGCAACAACGCUCGCUGGAGAAGGAGCUUGAUCAAAUAAAGGAGGAGCGUGACCAGGCUGUUUCAGAUCUAUCGCAGCACGAGGAAGAGGCGACGAAGCGCUUGGAUGAGGUUGUCGGCAAGAUCGAACGGCUAAUGGAACAAAAGACUGCACUGCAACGCUCCCAUGAAAAACUCGUGGCUGAGCAUAAAACCCUUCUUCAAGAUCGGGAGAAGAGCAAGGACCUGGAACGGGCUGCAACUGUCGAACUUCCAAAGCAGCUGCAGGCUUUGAUGGAGGAGAAACACGCUUUGCAGAAGGAACGUGACAGUCUUCAGCGCGAACGCGACAGUCUUGCCCAGACAUUGCAACAAUUGGAAAGCGAUCUUCAGGACGUUGAACGAUUACACGAUGAAGAGCUGGACAAGGCACAAAAAGAAGCAAGACAGGCCGAGCACAGACUCCGCCAACACAAACGCGAGGCCAUGGAGGCAGAAUUGAAUCAGCAGGAAGAGGAAGAAAAACUUCGAGCGCUCAUGAAACGUUUGGAGAAACAUGCCUUGUCUCUAGAGAACCGGGAAGAAGAAAUCGAUGAACGCGAAAAGACAGUCCAGCAAUCCGCCCGCGAGUGCCGUGAUUGUGUACGAGAUCUCAAAGCAAAGGAGGAAUCUCUUGUAGAACGGGAGUACGAGUUGGAUCGCCGAUCAGAAGAAAAUCAGGCUGCCAUUUCUCGUUUCCGGCACGAAAAGCAAAAAGAAGCACUUCGGAUGCUUGUGGGAAGGCGGCGACACGAAGAACGGGAAAUUGUUAGCGCUGCUUUCUCGAAAUGGGUCCGGGUAACUAUGUUUGAAUUGGAGCAGAGCGAUGAAGACAAGAGACGCCCCAGCAAGGAGGAGUACGACGAACUUCGGAAGCAGUGGCACCAGCGCGAGUUGGAGCUCUCCGAGAUGCAGGAUAUGUUGCAGAAGAGCCGCCAGGAAAUCCUUGACAAAGCAGAAAUGCACAAGCAAGCCGAGUCUAAGCUUGCACAUCGGAUCUCGCAGAUGGAGAAGGAGAAGCUUACUGUUCUUAAGCAGCGCGAAGAAAUCAACAGUGAACGGGAACAGAUCCGAAAAGAUCGAGAAGCUAUGGCAACACUUGACAAGUUUCUGCAUCGACGAGGACAAGAGCUUGAUGAUCGCGAGAAGGUCGUCAAAAAGAACAACUCGAAUGGGAAAGUUUACUCUCUGUACGAACAGAAGUCGUCCCAGGUUUUGGAUGACGCGUUGGAAGAAGAGCGGCGAUUAAUGGAGGAAACCGCGGACAUGCUGACGGAACGCGAAGCGAAACUCAAAGAGAAGGAAGCAUCUUUGAAGGAGCUUGAAGCGGCGCUGGGAGAUAGAAAGAAAGAAAUCGAUGAAGCUGCAGAGGAGGCUGACGAAAAGCAAAGGCGUAUUCGAACUCUGGCACAGCAACUACGACGAAAGGAAUCCGAUAUCGAGGAGAAACAAGCUUCCCUUUCGGCUGAGUACGAGCAGUAUCAAAGCGCUCAUUCCCGUGUCCAACAAAUGGCCCGCCAACUGCAAAAGAAGGAGGAACAGAUGAGCCGAGAAAGGCAGCGUCUUUUGGAACGUCUUCAGGAGUGUGAUGCCUUGGAGUCCCAGCUGAGCGACUGGCAACAUCAGCUAGAAAGUGCGAGCACCAACGGUGCUGCUGGCGUAAUAUCUGUGAGCUCAAACACGACGUCUUCGUCGAGUCCAGCCGCACAAAGCCCCGACCGCCACUUCUUCAAGUAG